AUGCGGAUUCAGUUCCAUUCUGAAGCGAUCUAUCUAUCUAUCUAUCUAUCUAUCUAUCUAUCUAUCUAUCUCACAUUAUAUCUAUCUAUGCAUCUAUCUAUCAAUCACUCUCUCUGUCUCUCUCUCUCUCCCUCUUCUUUUCUUCUUUCUAUCUAUCUAUCUAUCUAUCAAUCUAUCUAUUUAUUUAUUUAUCAUCUGUUCUAUCUAUCUAUCUAUCUAUCAGUCAGUUCUUACAUAUCUGUCUGUCUAUUACAGUCAGUUCUAUCUAUCUAUCUAUCUAUCUAUCUAUCUAUCUAUCUGUUAGUCAGUUCUUACAUAUCUAUCUAUCUAUCUAACAGUUCUUACAUAUCUGUCUGUCUAUUACAGUCAGUUCUAUCUAUCUAUCUAUCUAUCUAUCUAUCUAUCUAUCUAUCUAUCUAUUUAUCUGUUAGUCAUUUCUUACAUAUCUAUCUAUCUAUCUAUCAGAUCUUACAUAUCUGUCUGUCUAUCUAUUUCAAUCUGUUGUAUCUAUCUAUCUAUCUAUCUAUCUAUCUAUCUAUCUAUCUAUCUAUCUAUCAGUCAGUUCUUACAUAUCUGUCUGUCUAUUACAGUCAGUUCUAUCUAUCUAUCUAUCUAUCUAUCUAUCUAUCUAUCUAUCUAUCUAUCUGUCUGUUAGUCAUUUCUUACAUAUCUAUCUAUCUAUCUAUCUAUCUAUCUAUCAGAUCUUACAUAUCUGUCUGUCUAUCUAUUUCAAUCUGUUGUAUCUAUCUAUCUAUCUAUCUAUCUAUCUAUCUAUCUAUCAGUCAGUUCUUACAUGUCUGUCUUUCUUUCUAUUACAGUCUGUUCUAUCUAUCUAUCUAUCUAUCUAUCUAUCUAUCUAUCUAUCUAUCUAUCUAUCUAUCUAUCUAUCUAUUAACCGGAAGAUAUUUAUAA